GACUCAACUGACAGUUGUUUACAUCUUGAUUUGAGAGCCCGGCGACGGGAUUAGGAAGAAAUCUUGCCGAUUUCUCUUGCGCUUCUUUCCUCUUAGCUUUGGAGAUCCAAGAUGCCAAGAUCAUUUUUAGUCCGGAAAACUCGAAAACAUUUGAAGACGGGUGCUUGUGGACUUGUAACUCCACCACCUAGUCCAGAGCAACUUACAAUUGUUCCACAAACGAAAACAGAAGAGCACACUAUUAUUUACAGCAAUCCACUAAUAACAUCAUGGACAGAAACGUGCCAAAAACAGAGGAUUCGAGCAGAAGGAGGUCGAGGGGAAGCUGGUACAACUCCACCAAUAUCACCUUGCAAUCUACCAUCCCCUCCUGUAAUGAUUUCAGAGAGAUAUCUGCCACACACUCCUACAAGCAUAAGAACAUCGGCAGAUGAAGCCUCUCUUGAAGAACCAUCGUCAUCAUCCAGUUCUACACCACCCCCCAUGCGACCAGCAUAUAUGCCUGUUUCAGUCAUUCAGAGCUUGGCAACUCAAGAUCAACCCUUGGACUGUCAUGUACCGCGAAUAAGGUCAUCGGAAAUUCAUGAACAUGAUUCAGAUGACUCGAAGAGCCACCAUGAUGAAGAGCAGAUGAGCCAUGACUGGUAUAAUAUGAGAGUUCAACACCAUCUUUCUCAAGCAUGCACACCAUUGCCAGACUCCCAGGAAGAUUCGCACUCAGAUUCUUAUCAUUUUGACAUGCGUCCUAUGUCUCCAGCUGACAGUGAUAGCAAUUCAUCGAAAUCACCAGAUAGCUUGGACGAACGAGGAGAAAAAAUGGCUAUGGUCCCAUCUUUGCCAGUCCGUUUGGCUCUGCUUUUACAAAAGCUUGGUCUUCCUACCGAUGUUCCUCUCGAGUUUGUGAAUGGUGGACAUGGAAUCAAAAAUCCUCUUUUACCUAGAAGCCAUAGACACUCGUCUAGCCAAGAGAUGGCGCCACUAUCUUCUCCCACUCCAGAUAUUCUCUCCGUUGGGGAGAUGGAAGCUGGACGGCUAAGCUGUCGAGUUUGCGGUAAGACUUUUGGAUUACAAAGGUUAUUGAACAGACACAUGAAGUGCCACAGUGAUAUGAAGAGAUACCUGUGUACAUUCUGUUGUAAAGGUUUCAAUGACACAUUUGAUCUUAAGAGGCACACAAGAACUCACACAGGUGUUCGACCGUAUAAGUGUAAUAUGUGUGAAAAAUCAUUCACUCAGAGAUGUUCCUUAGAAUCACAUACUUUGAAAGUCCAUGGUAUUCAACAUCAAUAUGCAUACAAAGAAAGAAGAGCUAAAGUGUAUGUCUGUGAAGAAUGUGGCCACACUACUACUGACCCCGAGGUGCAUUAUUUACAUUUGAAACAGAAUCAUCCUUACAGUCCAGCUUUACUUAAAUUCUAUGACAAGCGUCAUUUUAAAUUUUCAGAUGGUUCAUUUCCACUGGGUUUAUUAAGAGUACAUUCAUGA